AAUCUUUUACGAAAGUUUCUAUAACUAUAUCAGAAGGAGAAUCUGAGUUUCCAUCCGAAAAUGAACCGGAACCUCCACCCAUACCAGUGGAAGAAGUGGAACCUGAAUCUCCACCUAUAUCAGUGGAAGAAGUGGAACCUGAAUCUUCACCCAUACCAGUGGAAGAAAUGGAACCUGAAUCUCCACCUAUAUCAAUGGAAGAAGUGGAACCUGAACCCACACCCGAAUAUGAAUCAGAACAUGAACCAGAGGAAGAAAUUCCUCCAUGCGAACCGACAUCCCUACCUGAACCAACACCAAUAACUGUCGAAUUAGAGCUUAUACCAGAUCCUGAACUAUGUCUGCUGAAGUUGUCGCAGGAAAUGGAACGGAUUCCAUACAUACCUGAAAUACCGGAACUGACAGCGCAAGAACCACUUGAAGUUUUGGAAAGAACAAAGAAACCAAAACAAAACACCUCAACUCAACGGGUACAUUAA